GAUAUCCAUGCUAACAGAUUUUGUUGUGUUUAGAGGGCGAUGAAUCAAUCGAUAAGUUGAUAGAUAAAAGGGGGAAAUUAUAUUAUUAUUUAUUCAAGGUGGAAAAGUUCUGGAGUAUAUUCUCUGUAGUCUUAACCUAUUUAAGACAAACUUCGACAGCAAAAAAUCCUUUUCCUCCGUUGUAAACUUUCAAGCACAAACAACAGACUCAUUGCAUUGUGUGAUUUGGAAAAAUCGUGGUGAAGUAGGGGAAGAAACGUGGUUGACUUAUCUGAUUUGAGAUCUCAAUUUGGUGAAGAAAGUUUCAGCUUGAAAAAUUUGGUUUCAAUGGUCAGCAAGAAAAGGAACUCCGAUGUUGUAGAGGAAGCAGAGGGUGUAGUAGAAACAGCUGAAAAUAUAGAAAGUGAUAAUGUUGUUGCAAGUCCUUUGAAGAAGAAAAUGAAAAAGGGUAAGAAAAAAGAUGGGGAUAUGGCAGCUGAGGAUUCAUCUAUUAAACCCAUGGAAAGAAAGAAGAAGAGAAAAGCAGUGGACAAAGAGAGGCAUCACGCUACCGUGGAAUAUAAAGAGUCAAAGCCCAAACAAACGGAUGUAGCUGUAGAAAGGGAAGGAACUCGGACAUCAGCUGUGUUUUCAUCGGGUAAUUGUAUGCCCGAGUUCCAUAUUAGUGUUUUUCAGGAUUUGGCAUCGGCUAAUGUUUCUUUGAGACAAGCUGCAGCAGAAUCACUGGUGACACAGUUGGUGGAAGUUCAGAAGGCAUAUGAGAGGGGUGGGAGGGAGUUGGUUGAGGAUGGAAUGAAAUUGGAAGCUGAUAAAUAUGAUGGGUUGAAUGAUUGUGCACCUUCUUUGAGAUAUGCUGUGCGUAGACUUAUCCGUGGUGUUUCUUCAUCUAGAGAGUGUGCAAGACAAGGGUUUGCUUUGGGUCUGACUCUUUUAAUUGGUAAAAUUCAUAGUGUCAAAGUGGACUCGUUGCUGAAACUAAUUGUUGAUUUGCUAGAGGUCUCUUCAUCAAUGAAGGGUCUGGAAGCUCGGGAUUGCCUUUUGGGACACUUGUUUGCUUAUGGUGCUAUUGCCCGGUCAGCAAGACUAACUAAAGAGUGGAACUCUGAUAAAAACACACCAUAUAUCAGGGAAUUCACCAGUCUUCUUAUCUCACUUGCUGCAAAGAGGCGAUACCUGCAAGAGCCUGCUAUGUCAAUUAUUUUAGAUUUAACUGAAAGGUUGCCUACUGAAGCUUUGCUAAGUCAUGUUCUUGAAGCUCCAGGUCUUCAUGAAUGGUUUGAAGGAGCCAAUGAAGUUGGAAACCCUGAUGCUCUGCUUUUAGCAUUGAGAAUUCAGGAAAGAAUCUCUGUUGACAGCGGAAAGUUUGGCAAACUUUUGCCAACUCCCUUCAGCUCUAGCAAACUUUUUGCUGCUGACCAUUUGUCCUUACUUGCCAAUUGCUUGAAGGAAUCCACCUUCUGUCAGCCCCGAGUUCACGGUGUGUGGCCUGUUCUGGUAAAUGUGCUCUUACCUGAUACAGUAUUGCAAGCUGGGGAUGCAACGUCAGUUUCAAGUUCCUUAAAGAAGCACAAAAAGAGUCGCAAGACCAGCGCUUCUGAAGAAGAAGUUGCUAAGAAUCUUCAGUCUUUCUGUGAAGUUGUUGUUGAAGGAUCCCUUCUUCUCUCAUCCCAUGACCGUAAAAACUUGGCAUUUGAUGUUCUGGCUCUUCUUUUCCCUAGGUUGCCUGCAUCCUUUGUUUCAAUUGUUCUGUCUUACAAACUUGUCCAGUGCCUGAUCGAUAUACUUCCUUCAAAGGAUGCAUGGUUGUAUGAUGUUGCAAAGGAUUUCCUCAAAAAAUUAUUGGAUUGGGUUGGGAAUGAUGAUGUCCGAAGAGUUGCUGUAAUUGUUGCUUUACAAAAACACAGUAAUGGCAAAUUCGACUCCUUCACAAGGACUAAAACUGUGAAGGAUUUGAUGGCAGAGUUCAGAACAGAAUCAGGUUACUCACUUUUCAUUCAAAACCUAGUGAAUAUGUUUGUGGAUGAAGGUCCUACGUCAGAGGAACCUUCAGAUCAGAGCCAAACUACUGAUGACAAUUCAGAGAUAGGUUCAAUUGGAGAGAAAGAUUCAGUGGGGACGUUGGCAAAUUCUGAUUUCCCGAAAAGUUGGGUCAUAGAAUCCCUCCCCAGUAUUUUGAAAUAUCUGAACCUGGAUCUUGAAGCAAAGUUCCGAGUGCAAAUGGAAGUUUUAAAGUUUUUAGCUGUUCAGGGUUUGUUCUCUGCAGCACUUGGCACUGAAGUGACAUCUUUUGAGUUACAAGAGAAAUUUAGGUGGCCUAAAGCUGCUACCUCUGGUGCUCUUUGUAGGAUGUGUAUUGAGCAGCUGCAACUAUUGCUGGCAAAUGCUCAGAAGGUGGAGAAUUCACGUUCUUUCCCAAAUGGACUUGAGCCAAAUGACCUUGGAUCGUACUUCAUGAGGUUUCUUAGUACAUUAUGCAACAUUCCUUCAGUUUCUCUGUUUCGAUCUUUAAGUGAGGAUGACGAGAAAGCAUUAAAGAAAUUGCAGGAAAUGGAAACUAAGCUUUAUAGAGAGGAAAGGAACUGUGGGCUUAGUGUGAACGCAAAUAAGUUGCAUGCUCUCAGGUACUUGCUCAUCCAGUUGCUUCUGCAAGUGCUCCUUCGACCUGGGGAAUAUUCUGAAGCUGCCUCUGAACUUGUCAUGUGUUGUAAAAAAGCUUUUGCAUCUUCUGAUCUUCUUAACUCAUCUGGCGAAGAUGAGUUGGAUGAUGAAUCAGAACCCAAGUUAAUGGAUGUCCUGGUGGAUACAUUGCUCUCAUUGCUGCCACAGUCAUCAGCUCCUAUGCGGUCUCCCAUAGAGCAGGUUUUCAAAUAUUUUUGUAAUGAUGUCACGGACAACGGACUGCUCCGGAUGCUGCGGGUUAUUAAGAGAGACCUAAAACUCUCUAGACAUCACAAUGCAAACAGUGAAGAUGAUGAUGACGAUUUUCUUGGUAUUGAAGAAGAGGAAGAAAUUGAUGAAGCCGAGACUGGGGAAACAGGGGAGAGUGAUGAGCAGAUGGAUGACUUAGAGGCAGUAGCUGAUGUUGAAGAAGGUGAUAAAGAACUUCCUGAAGAUUCUGAUAGCGGAGUGGAUGAUGAGGCAAUGUUCCGCAUGGACACUUAUCUUGCCCAGAUUUUCAAAGAGAAAAAGAAUCAGGCUGGGAGUGAAACUGCUCAAUCUCAGCUUAAUCUGUUCAAACUCCGUGUUUUGUCAUUGCUGGAAAUUUACCUACAUGAAAAUCCAGGUAAGCCCCAGGUUCUGACAGUGUACUCAAACUUGGCCCAGGCUUUUGUUAACUCACAUACUGCUGAAUGUAGUGGGCAGCUUGAACAACGUAUAUGGGGAAUCCUACAGAAGAAAAUAUUUAAGGCGAAAGACUUCCCUAAGACUGAAUCUGUGCCACUAUCUACUUUUGAAUCUUUGUUGGAGAGAAACUUAAAAUUGGCAGCAAAGCCGUUCAAGAAAAAGAAAUCUGCUGCUAAUCUAUCUAAGAAGAAGCAGUCAGCCUCCUGGAACAGAUACAAAAUGAUCAUCUCACUGGCCCAGAAUUCAACCUUUUGGAUUCUGAAGAUCAUUGAUGCUAGAAAAUUUUCAGAUUCUGAAUUGCAGAAGGUUUAUGACAUUUUGUGUACUGUAUUGGCUGGUUAUUUUGAUAGUAAGAAGUCUCAAAUAAAAUCUGAAUUUUUGAAAGAAAUAUUUCGAAGAAGACCCUGGAUUGGUCAUCAUCUCUUCAGCUUCAUCCUGGAAAAAUGUGGGAGUGCAAAAUCAGGAUUUCGUCAAGUUGAGGCACUGGAUUUGGUGAUGGAGAUAUUGAAGUCAAUGGUUCCAUUAAGCUCAGAUGAAGCCAGUCGGGACACUUCAAAGAAAGCCAUGAAGAGCCACCUCGGAAAUCUCAGUCGACUGAUCAAGGAGUUGGCAACACACAUGCCCGAAAAGCAGUCCAGGAAAUCUGAAGUACGCAAGUUCUGUUCUAAGAUCUUUCAGAUGGUAUCAAGUGUUAACCUUACCAAAUCUUUUCUUAAAUAUUUGACCCCUGAUGCUCAUGCUGCCUGUGAAUCUGAACUUGGUGAGGCAUUUCUUAAUUUGAAGAAAAUUGAAUGAGCUCGGUAAGAGUAAAUAUUUUUGGAAAGAUAUUUAUUGAAGAAAUCCAUUUGAAUGGAAUUCAUCUUAAUUAUACUUACAUUCUUGGGAAAACUUCAAUUCAAUCACCACUAACUCCUUGCCGAAGGCAAAAUAUACAAAGUUAAGGAGGCAUUUUUGUCACUAAAAGGUUUCUGGUAGACACAGUUCGUGAAACUAAGCAGGAAGGCUUAGGCUGCAGCAUUUUUUGAUGAAAUUUGCUGUUGGUAAAAGUGUUCAUAAGUUUUGUGGGGGUUGUUAUUGAUAUAGGAAGAGACUGAAAAUGGCAAAAAGAUUUUGAAUGUGUUUUGUAAUAGAAUGUAAUAAUUUUAUUUUAACGCAAA